AUGAAUGAUUUAGAUAAUUCAAUUUUAUUUUUUAAAAUUUAUAUAAAUUUAUAUUUAAAAAAUGAAAUUUUUAAACAUUUUAAAGAAUAUUUAUUAAAUUUAGAAUACUCAUUUUCUGAACAUAUAAAAAUACCAAAUGUUGAAAUUUUAAAAAUUGGAAAUAGUUUUUGGGAUCGUAAAAAAUUGAUUGAAUCGAUACCAGAAAAUUUCAUACCGUCAUCUGUAAAAGAUUUAACAAUUAAAAAACCAGGCUAUUAUAAUAAUACUGAUCCAAAAGAAAGAUUAGGUAAUAUUAUACCACCAACAGUUACAAAAUUAGAUUUAAGAGAAUAUAUUCGUCAAUUGAAUCCAGGUGAUAUUGUUAAAACAUUAAAAUCAUUGACUAUCAGUAUGUACAUUUUAGAUGAACUCAAAAAAUCUUUAUGGCCUGAUGAAUUGGAAUUGGAUGAACUUAUAAUUUAUCAAUAUAGAAAACUUGAAAAAGAUUGUUAUUUUCCAAAGAAUUAUAAAUCACUUGAAGUUUCUGGUUAUGCUCCACACAUUUUAAACAUCAAUUUAUUAUCAUUAUCAUUGGUAAAACUUAAAAUAAAAACUCCUAUAUUAUCUUCAAUGAAUUUAAGUACUCUAAAGAAUUUAAAAUAUUUAUCAGUUCAGGAUUUCAAUGGAGAUAUUAAGAAAGGUUUUCUUCCAGAAGGUUUGAAAACUUUAUGUAGUAUGAAAAAUAAUUUCAAAUUUCAAGUUGGAUCAUUACCUAAAUCAUUAAAAAAAUUAAAUUUAUGUUUAUAUAAAAAAAAGUUUGAAUUGGGUGUAUUACCUGAGGGCUUAAAAACACUGCAUGUAAGUGGCGAAACUGAAGAAGCUUUUGAAGUUGGUGUUUUCCCUUCAUCAAUCACUUAUUUAGAUUUUGGUGCGUAUUCUAAAUCAAUGAAAAAAUUAAAAGUUGGUGUACUACCUUUAUCCUUAAAAAUAUUUUCAUUCCCUAAUGUGUAUAGUUUUGAAAUUGAUGAAGGUUUAUUACCACAUUCAAUGGAAACAUUAAUGUUACCAAAAUCUUUUAAUCAAAUAAUUACAAAAACCUUACUUCCAAAUAAAUUGGUUCAUCUUGAUUUUGGUGAAUCAUUUAAUUUCCCAAUUCUACCAAAUACUUUACCAGAAACUUUAAAAUUUAUAACAUUUGGUUUUGUUUUUAAACAAGACAUUGAUCGUUUUUGUUUCCCAAACUCAAUAUUGUCAAUAAAUUUCAAAAGUGGAUUUAACAAACCAUUGAAAGCUGGUUGUUGGCCAACAUCAUUAACCCAUUUAUUUUUAGGUACAAGUUUUAAUUCUGAUAUUGAGCCAUAUGCUUUACCUUAA